AUGACUUUCGAUUAUAAGUCCAGCGACGUCUUUGGUCUGGACUUUAAGCAACAUGACACACGAAACAUUCGCCAUAUUUUGAAGCAUUAUGGAGAAUUACCGGAAAACCAAGGUGAUCGACUUGCUUUGUUUCUUCGAUUACAGUCUUUGGAGAAGAACCUUCUUGAAGACGAUUGCGAAAAAAUAAAGAACUGGUUGGCAAAUGGUGGUGGCCUUCCACCACGACGACCUGUAAAUCCCGUGAUCGCAGAUGAGGAAGAGUCCGAGAAAGAACUGGAGCAAGGGGGUGAGGAGAGUAAAGUGGAAGAAGAAGAUGCAAAUGAUGAGGAGGAAAAAGAUGAGGAAGAUUCUGAUGAAUCCUCAAGUUUUGAGCCCUUAAAUUCCGCGACGACCUCCGGUCAUGAAUUUCAAAUAGAAGAUUUGGCCUCUGAUAAUAUACAAUAUGACCACUUCGACUUGAUGCCUUCCCACCCCGAAAACCCUGAACGCGCAAAUCACAUCUUCGACACGAAACCUGAAUCGACUCCUGAGCCUGAAACAACAGAAGGCUAUUACCUGAGUAAGGAAAGCGACGAGGAGAGCAGUAAGAAGGAGAGUGAUGGAGACAAGAACGAUAGGGAUACUGAAAUGGAGACUGUCGAGGCUGCAGGAUCUGCUAGAGGCGGAAAGAUUGUUGAGGCUAAAAAGACUUUCAAGGUUACAGUAGAAUCGGGCAAUGAUCACGAUGCGAAUACUGGAUAUUAUGCUCGUAAAAAUGCAGCUAAACGAGUCGAGCAUCCACCUUUCCGGGAGGUGGAAUGUGCCAUUUGUGCAGAGACAGUUCUAAAAUCGGAGACCUGGUAUUCUAUCACGGAUACCUGCGAACAUCCAAAUGAGGACCGUACAUGUAAGGCAUGUCUCAACGCAUCCAUCUCUACAGCUGUAGAGUAUGGAUUUUUAAAUGGCAUCAAGUGUCCUCUCUGUCCCGCUGUCCUCACUUUUAGAGAUAUUUCGCAAAAAGCAUCUAUAGAUGUACUUGAACGUUAUUCAUACUUGAGAGAGAAAGCUUCGAGACCGGAUACAUUCACUAUGUGCUUAGCUCCCAAUUGCGGCGGAGGUCAAAUUCACGAAGGACCAGAGCCAUUAAUGAUUUGUAAUCAUUGUAGAUUCAAGACCUGCGUCAAACACAAGUUACCGUGGCAUGAAGGACAAUCUUGUGAUGAAUUCGAUAUUGAUGACUCACAAAUUGAGCGUUUGGAGCAAGAAGAGGCUACAGCAAAGCUUUUGGCGAAAGAUUCGAGAAUUUGCCCCAAAUGCCAAGAGUGUGUUGUUAGAAGCGAAGGUUGUGAUCAUAUGCAAUGUGUGUAUAAAUGUAUCUCUUCUUACAAGUUCAAUAUUGACGACUAUUUCCUAGGUCGCUGCGGAAAAUCCUGGUGCUAUCUUUGCGGUGUCAACUGGGAGAAUAUCAUUAGACUUGGCCGGACGGCCCAUGGUAGAAAUUGUCCUAACCACCCCGACUCAUUCAAACUCAGUCGAAACCAGAUCUCAGCACGCGAAACCAACCUCACACGACUGGUACAUGGUGGGCCCGUCAACGAACGUCUAAGUAAAGCCAAAUACGCGAGGCAGAAACAAAUGAGAGAUGAACUGAGACCUUUGGCAUUAGCUGCUGCUGAGCAGAGAAUGAAAGAUGAAGCAUUGGCAAAAGAAAAAUCACUGUCAUCUGCACCAUCAAAGAAAAGGGUAAAAUUGGUUGCUCCUUGGGAGGAACACUAG